AUGGUGAUACUUUUGGGUUCUAAUGUCCUAUUACAUGGUGGUCCACCUGGUCAACAAAAAAAAAUUUCUCAUGAUGAUGGAAGACGUGGAAGUGGUGAUAGUGAUCGUGGAAAAGAAAUGCAUUUAGAAUCAACGACAGAUUUAUCAAUAAUUUAUUCGAAUUUAAAUAAGUUAAAAUCGAAUAAAGAAAAUAUUAUUUUAAUUUCAACAGGUGAAAUGAAUCCAAUUCAUCGUUGUCAUAUAUCAAAUAUGAUAAAAACAAAACAAUAUUUAGAAAAUAUUCAUGAUUAUAAUGUUAUUGCAGGUUAUAUAUCACCAACACAUGAUGAAUAUGUUCAAGAAAAACUAGGAAAUUAUUUUAUUCCUAGUCAUCAUAGAAUUAAUAUGUGUCAAAAAGCUAUUCAAGAAGAAAAUCAACAAGAUUGA